CAUCAAAAUACAUUAAAUAAGUGUUUUAUAUACUUAGUUUUUACUUUGGAGAACUUUGCAUUUUUCGGUCGGGUUUCAACGCCGGUCAGCUAGGCCAUGGUUCUGGGCUAGCCAUCUACCCAGCGAUGGUAGACUUCACCCAUGCAUGGGUAAGUGAUCCCGGGAUUCCAGAAUCAUGCCACCCAGCGAUGGGAAGAUCUUCCCAUCGAUGGGUAAGCAGUCCCUCAGCGAAACUGAUUUCCAGAACCAUGCCAAACAGCGAUGGGAAGUUCUACCCAUCGCUGUUAAAGCUUUGGUCCAACAUCACACAAGGCAGAAUGCCCUUACCCAGCGAUGGGAAGCUUUACCCAUCGAUGGGAACCCAGCGAUGGGAAGGCUUAACCAUCAAUGGGAAGGCAUGACCGUUGGUAGUCAUUUAAGGCUGAUUCUUUCCUUAUUUGAAAGUCAACCUCCCACCCAGCGAUGGGAAGCAUCUACCCAUCGAUGGGGAAGCUUGUUUCCCUUGGUUGUACGAAGGAAAGGUAUUUUCCUUCGGGUUGAAGUCUUGGAGUGCGGUAUCUCCGAGCAAGUGUUGUUGAGGCUCGUGGGACUCGAGUUCUCAGGUUGUAACGGUUUGUUAAGCACCCGUAAGCUUAACGGAAGUAGUGUAGCUCGAGAGAGUCUCUCGGGAGACUGGAUUAGCCACACGUUGUGGUGAACCAGUAUAAAAUCUUGGUGUGCUCCCUUUACGCUUUCUAUGCUCUUUACUUUUCACGUUCUUAAUUUUUUAUUUCUGCGAUUUCUACGAUCAAACGCUAUUCACCCCCCCUCUAGCGUUGGUCACUUAUUCUAACAAUGUUCCUGGCAGCAGAAGGCGCAAGGUGAUCGUGGUGGAUUUAUGAUUUAAAAUGAAUGAAUUAAAUUAUUAUGAGACAUGAUUUAAAUUGCUUCCGCGUUUUAUUUAAACACUCCGUAUUUCUCUAUAGUUAUGUAUGGGAUAUUAUUUAUAAUGAAUAAAAAUGUUUGAAAUGUUUUAAAUUAUCACGAUUACCAAAUCAAUACUUUAGUCCGAA